ACCCCCACCGCUCGUCAGGCAGCAUCCGGGACGCCUCAGCGGGUCUCCUCGGCUCAGUCGUCCCCGGAUGGACGCGAGGACAAGCCAGCGGAAUUGUCGGAUAAAACCAGACGGCCAAGAUGAGCUCGGACGGCGGCGGGUCGCGGCCCCCCAAGGUGGGCUCAAUGGUGGAGGUGAUCGGCAAGGGCCACCGGGGCAGGGUGGCCUUCGUCGGCACCACCCUCUUCGCCUCGGGCAAGUGGGUCGGCGUCAUCCUGGACGAGGCUAAGGGCAAGAACGACGGCACCGUGCAGGGGAAGCGCUACUUCACCUGCCAGGACGGCCACGGCAUGUUUGUCAGACAGUCGCAGAUCCAAGUGGUGGACGACGGCGCCGACACCACGUCCCCGGAGACGCCCGAGCUCGGCGGCGCCAAGGUGCCCAAGCGAGACAUCUCGGACACGUCCAAGUCCACCAAACUGCGAGGAGUCAAGCCCAAAAAGACUCCGACUCCUCGAAAGCAGCCGAGCCGGCCCGCGGGCUCCGGCGGCAAGGGUCCGGCCUCCGGCUCGGCUUCGACCGGCGAGAUGAGCAGCAGCGAGGCCAGCACGCCCGCCCAGACCCCGCUGGCCGCCCCGAUCAUCCCCACCUUACACUCGCCCGGGAACCCCCCGCCGCCCGUGCCCACCAAGGAGGAGGAGGCUCUGCGUGCUCAGGUGAAGGACCUGGAGGAGAAGCUGGAGACGCUGAAGGUGAAGCGCACCGAGGACAAGGCCAAGCUGAAGGAGCUGGAGAAGCACAAGAUCCAGCUGGAGCAGCUGCAGGAGUGGCGGAGCAAGAUGCAGGAGCAGCAGGCCGAGCUGCAGAAGCAACUCAAGGAGGCCAAACGGGAGGCCAAGGAGGCCCUGGAGGCCAAGGAGCACUACAUGGAGGAGAUGUCGGACACGGCGGACGCCGUCGAGAUGGCCACGCUGGACAAGGAGAUGGCCGAGGAGCGCGCCGAGUCCCUGCAGCUGGAGGUGGACUCCAUGAAGGAGAAGGUGGAGGAGCUCACCGUGGACCUGGAGAUCCUCAAGCACGAGAUUGAGGAAAAAGGUUCUGACGGCGCCGCGUCCAGCUAUCACGUCAAACAGCUGGAGGAGCAAAACGGGAGGCUGAAGGAAGCGCUGGUCAGGAUGCGAGAUCUGUCCUCAUCGGAGAAGCAAGAACACUCGAAGCUGCAGAAGCAGAUGGAGAAGAAGAACGUGGAGUUGGACGCGUUGAGAGCCAACAAGGAGAAGCUGCAAGAGGAAAUGGCGGCGGCCGACAAGACCGUCGACGAGCUGAAGGAGCAGGUGGAUGCGGCCUUGGGGGCCGAGGAGAUGGUGGAGACCCUGACGGAGAGGAACUUGGACCUGGAGGAGAAAGUGCGCGAGCUCAGGGAGACCGUCACCGACCUGGAGGCCAUCAACGAGAUGAACGACGAGCUGCAGGAGAACGCCCGCGAGACGGAGCUGGAGCUGCGGGAGAUGCUGGACCUGAGCGCGGCCCGGGUCCGAGAGGCCGACAAGCGGGUGGAGGCGGCGCAGGAGACGGUGGCCGACUACCAGCAGACCAUCAAGAAGUACCGCGAGCUCACCGCUCACCUGCAGGAAGUGAACCGGGAGCUGACCAGCCAGCAGGAAGCGUCGGCCGAGCUCCAGCAGCAGCAGCAGCAGCAGCAGCAGCCCGCCGAGACCUUUGACUUCAAGAUCAAGUUCGCUGAGACAAAGGCGCACGCAAAGGCCAUGGAGAUGGAGCUGAGGAAGAUGGAGGUGAGCCAGGCCAACAGACACGUUUCCCUGCUCACCUCCUUCAUGCCCGAGUCCUUCCUGCGCCACGGCGGCGACCACGACUGCAUCCUGGUGCUGCUGCUCAUCCCCAGACUCGUCUGCAAGGCGGAGCUGAUAAGCAAGCAAGCGCAGGAGAAGUUCGACCUGAACGAGACGAGCGCCGAGCCGAGGGGGCUGAGGGGUUCCGCGGGCGAGCGGCUGAGCUUCGCCGGGGGUCUGGUCUACUCGCUGAGCCUCCUGCAGGCCACCCUCCGCAAAUACGACCAGGCGCUGUCCCGCUGCGACGUGGACGUGUACAAGAAGAUCGGCUCGCUGUACUCGGAGAUGAGCGUCCACGAGCGCUCGCUGGACUUCCUGAUCGAGCUGCUCCACAAGGACCAGCUGGACGAGACCGUCAACGUGGAGGCGCUCACCAGGGCCAUCAAGUACUACCAGCAACUGUACGGCGUUCAUCUGGCGGACCAGAGCGAGGAUUGCACCCUCCAGCUGGCCGACCACAUCCGGUUCACGCAGAGCGCACUGGACUGCGUGUCGGUGGAGGCGGGCCGCCUGCGGGUCUUCCUGCACGCCGGCCAGGAGAAGUCCGACCUGGCCGCGCUGCUGCAUGACUUGGAGACUUCCUGCGGAGACGUGCGGCAGUUCUGCAAGAAGAUUCGGCGCCGCAUGCCCGGCACCGACGCGCCGGGCAUCCCGGCGGCGCUCAGCUUCGGGCCCCAGGUGUCGGAGACGCUGCGCGAGUGCCGCAAGCACCUGACGCUGGCGGUGGCGCUGCUGCAGGAGGUCGCGGCGGCCGCGGCGCAGAUGAUGUCGCCGCUGGCCGAGAACGAGGGGCUGCCGGCCGCCAAGCUGGAGGACGUCGCCUUUAAGGCGGGAGAGCAGAUUUACGGGCGACCGGGCGCCAACCCGUACGAGUGUUUGCGUCAGUCGUGCGGCGUCGUCAUAGCGACCAUGAACAAGAUGGCCACCGCCAUGCAGGAGGGCGAGUACGACUCCGAGCGGCCUCGCGCCAAGGACUCGCCUCCCGUGGAGCUGCGGGCGGCGGCUCUUCGUGCGGAAAUGACGGACGCCGAAGGUUUGGGGAUGAAGCUGGAGGACAGGGAGACGGUCAUCAAGGAGCUCAAGAAGUCGCUCAAGAUUAAGGGCGAAGAAUUGAGCGAGGCCAGCGUGCGUCUGAGCCUGCUGGAGAAGAAACUGGACAGCUCGUCCAAAGACGCCGACGAGCGCGUGGAGAAGAUCCAGACCCGCUUGGACGAAGCUCAGAACCUCCUCAAGAAGAAAGAGAAGGACUUCGAGGAGACGAUGGACGCGCUGCAGGCCGACAUCGACCAGUUGGAGGCCGAGAAGGCCGAGCUCAAGCAGCGCGUCGGGGCCGUCGGCGCCGGACAGGCCAAGAUGGCCGGCGACGGCCCGCGAGGAGGCGCAGCGCCAGCGUGCGCUUCGUGCGCGUCGGGCGUCCAAGUGGUGGACUCGCCGCUGUUGACGCGCCAGCUGGAAGCUCAGCGCCUUUGCAUCAAGCAGCUCAAGAACCAAAACAACUGGCUCCAGGCGGAGAAGAUGCGCGAGCAGCUGGCGGCGCUGCCCCCGCUGCGCGUGGCCAAGCUGCCGUCGACGGCCGGCGGCCCCGCGCCGCUCUCUGGCGCCCUCUACAGGAAGACGGACCAGCUGCUGGAGACGUUGCUGCAGAUGAGCGCCAACGUCAAAGUGGUGGACAUCAGCGGAAAGUCGCCCGUGACUCCCGGCGCUCAACUUCUGGAGCAGACGGCCCGCUUGCAGUCGCUGCGGGACACGCUGGACCGACUCAAGGACGAGGUGGCCGCGCACGUCCUGGAGCGGCGAGCCGGCGCUCGGGCGCCGUCGGACUUCGCCGCCUUUCCCGCCGCCGCCUUCGUCAAGGCGAUUAACGAGCAGCCGUUGUUGCCGUUCUGGAGGCGGAGGAGGAGAAGCGCGGCGGCGACUGCGUUCUGGCGGGCCGCGUGAUGGUGCCGUGUCCUCGGGGCCAGGAGCGCGUCCACCGCCUGCUCCUGACGCAAGGCCAACUGCGCCACGUCCACAGCCUCCUCCUCACCUGAGCCUCGUGACGCGUCGCGCGUUAUUGGGCAAAAGAUGAUUUGCUUUUGGAAAUUUCCAUCAUUACAAUUUGAGUCCCCAUUGAAAAAAAGACGCUUCUGAUGAUUUUGGUGGCAUUUUGCCGUCGUUCCAAACGCCAGCGUGACGAUUAGAUGUUGAAACGGUUGCUUCCACUGCGGGUUUCGCCUUUGCUGAAUUCACUUCAUUCGCUUGCGGUUGGAGAUUUUGUAAACAUUUUGUCUUUCGGUCCACGAGGUUUGUCGUUGGGCUUCCACAUUGUACACGCGGUCAUAUUUUGAAUGAUUUGUUUUUUAUUUGGGGAAAGGUCAAAUAUGUUGUCGAUUCCCAACUAAGUCUUGGUUUGGAUUUUUUUUUUUUUUUUUCUUUUUCGAACAUCCGAGGGUUUUUAACGAGGAACUGCAAUCGAGCGUGAUUAAUGCUACUUUUGAAAGUCAUUUACACAAUUACAUUUUUUUUUAACUGCCUAACCAACUACAUUUCCAAAGUGAUAUUCUCAACGUUUGUUAACUUAACGUUCCGCCAUCAUUUUUUUUUAAUGAAUUUUUCAAGUUUUUUGCACCCCAGAGUCUCCACCGGGGAUUUCUGUGACUCGGCCGGUCUCGGUCAGCUCGGCGGUCGAAGUUCCCUCAGCGAGAAGAACGUCGCGACCGAAGCCUUGCGACGUUCUCCGAGGGACGCGCCCGCCGAGUUUUAACCGAACCGGAAGAGUUCUAGAAAGGCCUACAAGUAGGUGUCCUCGUGCAUUUUUUGCACUUUUGAAUUGAUUUAAUUGGAAGGCAGCACUCUUUUUUUUUUUUUU